AUGCGCUCCCCACCGGCGCUCGCCUUCUUUUUCUGGCUUUUUCUACAAUCGGUUUUCGCCUACAAUUUGAACAUUAAUCUUGCCGGAAAAUGGGAUUUUAUUUCGAGCAAUGGAACUGUGAACGGAACAGGUAAGAAAAGUUCUCAAGAGGAAAAAUCGGGAAUAUUUAUCAUGUAGAGGGAAAAUCGAAAAGUGAGAUCGAGAAUUGACUCUUGAAAGAUUUGAGUGCAUUUGAAGGGCAGAUUUUAAUCCAAGCGCAAAAAAGAAACCGCCGACAGACGAAAGACCAAAUGGUUUCGUUUUAGGAACUGUUCCCGGAGACAUUUAUUCGGAUCUCUACGCCGAGGGCAUCAUAGACAAUCCGCUUUACGGCGAGAAUCAUCUGAAUCUUAAGUGGAUCGCUGAAGAUGAUUGGACGUACACCAAGACAUUCGUAUUGACCGAUGUGGAGGACACGGUGAGGAGUGAGGAGGAGCAUCAAAACACAAUUCCCGAACAUCUUUCCGAUCUUUCGGCCAUUUCUCCGUUUUCAUCGUUCUCUCCCUUUCCCGUUCUCUGCUUUCUCAUUACGUUUCCUAUUACAGGUCGGCAUUUUUCUUGAGGUCGAAAGCCUUGACACAAUUGCCACCGUCUAUGUGAACGGAGAGAAGGUCUUGCAUUCCAAAAACCAAUUUCUGCCUUAUCAUGUCAACGUGACGGAUUUGGUGUGGAAUGGCUCGAAUAAUGUGAGGAUCACAUUCAAAAGUCCGGUUAACUAUACACAAAAGAAGGCGGAAGAGUAUGAGGUGAGAAUGAGAAAAGCGAGGAGGGAAAGGACUGCUGUAAAUGGGAGAAUUUCAGGAAAUUACUGGACACAAACUUCCGCCAGACUGCAAUCCGGAUAUUUAUCAUGGAGAAUGCCAUCAGAACUUCAUUCGGUACAAUUUGCGCUAAAAUUGGCAUUAACCGGAGGAUUUUCAGAAAGGCACAAUACAGUUACGCAUGGGACUGGGGGCCGUCCUUCCCAACAGCCGGAAUCGCCGGGCCAAUAUCGAUCAAUCUCUUCCGCGGACAGUACUUCCAUGAUUUCAGCUGGAACACCAAAUUUCAGAAUGGUAAACUGACAAUUUUGACAUUUACAUAUGCAACCACUGCUUUCAGGCCAAUGGCACAUGGAAUUCGAGUUUGACACUUUCCAUUACGGAGCCCGAAGAAUUGAGUACAUUGUAACGAUCCCAGAGUUAUUCGUCAGAGAAUCCGACAUCUAUCUGCUUUCUGCCACAAAGAGCAUGCAAACAAGAUCGAAGAACAGACUGAAGUUCCGAAUUCCGAUGCCGAUGCAGCCAAAAAGAUGGUGGCCCAAUGGAAUGGGAGAACAGAAACUCUAUGACGUCAUUGUGUCCAUGGACGGUCAAGGUAACUGAUACUACUAGAAAGUUCAAAAUUCGAAUAUUUUACAGUGAAAACGAGUAAGAUGGGAUUCAAAACUGUUGAGUUGGUACAGGAUUACAUUGAUGAAAAAGUGCCGAAGAAAGGAAGAAACUUCUAUUUUAAAGUUAACGAUCAGCCCGUCUUUUUGAAAGGAACCAACUGGAUCCCAGUGUCAAUGUUCCCUUCAAACUCUACAAAUUUGAACAGAAUGAAGUUUUUGCUGGAUUCUGCCGCGGAAGUGGGAAUGAAUGCGAUUCGAGUCUGGGGAGGAGGUUUCUAUGAAACUGACGAGUUUUACGAUUACGCCACACAAAAGGGAAUCAUGAUAUGGCAGGUUAGUUCGGUUUUUAUAGUUAAAUUUUAUAUUUUUUCGGAUAUUUCAGGAUCUCAUGUUCGCAUGUGCUCUGUACCCGACUUCUCAAGAAUUUCUAAAGAAUGUCGAUGAAGAAGUUGCUCAUCAAGUGGACCGAAUAAGCAAAUAUCCGAACAUUCUCGUGUUCUCCGGGAAUAACGAAAAUGAAGCGGCGAUCCGUGGCCACUGGUGGAGAACUGCAAAUUAUACGGAAGAGCAGCAGGAGAGUGAUUAUCUUGCUCUCUACAGAAGACUGGCAAAAGUUGCAAGAAAACACUCGUAUGGUGUGCCGUUUAUCAUGUCCAGCCCAUCAAACGGAGCGGAAUCUGAAGAGUACAUUAGAUAAUUCUACUUUGCUUUGUUUUCUAAACACUGAUUUUGCAGAGAAGGAGGCAUUGCGAAGAAUCCGUACGAUGUCAGAUACGGAGACAUUCAUUACUACAACGAGUUUGUCAACCUCUGGAGAGAUGACACCUACUUGACUCCAAGAUGCGCAUCCGAGUAUGGUGUCCAAAGUUAUCCGCUCAGGUAAUGAUAUCAUGUGACCUGCUAAUGUGUAAAAUUGGAUGAGAACUGGUUGCGGGGGGUUUUGAAAGGAACAAGUGUAAUGAUAAUGGAGAACAUCAACAACAUAUUCAGCGAUCUCGGGGCUAGAAUUGUAAACAUGCGCAAAGGGCGAGGCGAUCUUUUUCUUUUUCCGUCUGGACGUUUAAGUAAAGAGGAAUAAGUAAAGGGGAACAAAAAGUGUUUGUCAGGGAAACCAUGCUCAACUGGAUCAAUGCAUCGGAUUGGGAGUACACGAGCAAAACAAUGUUUCACAGACAACAUCAUCCUGGAGGCAUCGCCACGAAUCUUCUCAUGAUUUUCCAGCAUUUACCAGUAGGGACUCAACACAUUUCCUAUCAAAUUGUACGUUUUGUUUCAGAUUCCGACACAGUGCGAAUCGCGUUCGUUUGCCGACCUCCAUCGCUGCGAAUACCUCACAUCGGCGUCGUACAUGAGCAGACUCGCCUACUUUUCACAAGUCCAUCAGGCGAUUGCUCUGAAAACUCAGACAGUCCACUACAGAAGGUUUCGGAACAUCACCACCGAUGAUGGAUUGGGAAACACCAUGUGUGCAAUGUACUGGCAAUUGAAUGAUGUAUGGGCGGCUCCGACCUGGUCGACAAUUGAUUUCGAUCAGAAAUGGAAGAUGGCUCACUACGAGGCGAAACGAUUCUUUGCAAGCACAGCUGUUUACUCGGUGAGUGCAACUGGUAGCGUCAGCAGUUUUCAACUAAUUUUGAAUUUCAGUUCGCCGAUGAGAUAGACUUCAACCUCAAGGUUUACGUACUCAACGACAACACGUACGAUCUUCGGAAUCUGACCGUUUGUGUUAUGCAGCUUAGCUGGGGAAACGGUUUGGAUCCGAUCUUGACCACUGACUUCCACGUCGACACUGUCCCAGCUGGAUCCUCUCAAAUCAUCACGACUGGGUAACUUAUAUUAGAUCAGCCGUUCAUUUGAAUUUAAAAACAUUUGUUUUAGAUUUACGUUCGAAAAGACAACAGAGCUUUCGGAGUACCUCUACGUGUCCACCAUCUACGAUUCAGAAGGUGUCCAAGUGUUCCAAGACGUUCUCGUUCCGGAUUUCUUGUUUGAGGUGAGUUUCUCGACCGGAGUAUUGCAAGGAGUCCAAAAUAUUAGCCGACCCUUUUCGAAAUCAUAUAUUGGAUUUAAGGUUGAUUUUAACACAUUUGGAGAUGUUGAAAUCAGCGAUGUCAAACGAAUUAACGGGACCGUUUACGAAGUCUCGGUGACCACGGACAAAGUGUCCCCGUUCACAUGGAUUGACGUCAAGAUCCCAUUCGCCGGAUGGUUCAGCGAUAACGGCUUCCACAUGACCGAGAGAGUGCACAUUGUCACCCUCCACCUCCAAGAAGCCACCGACAUCCAGAAGUCCGAUUUCACCGUUUGCAAUCUGAAGAACUGCUAUCUCUAA